UUAUAGGUAUAAUUUUGUUAUUACUAUGAAGUUUAAUGUGUUCUUCACUUCACGCAAUGUUGAAGUUAGGCCGAAGAACAUUACUUAUACUAUCAACCAUAUAUUUAUGGCCUUUCACUUUCAACUUAUGCAUAUAAAAAGCUACAAAACACAAGUGAUCAUAGUUUUGGUUACACUAAUGGCCAAAAAUGAGCCAGUUGGAAUUCGUAGCUCCACGUGGCAGGAAGGUAUGGACCCAUGAAUUCACUUUCUUAUAAACAUCACAAACUCAUGUACCAAUAAUUUCAUAGCACGGUUACCGAUCAAACAACCAUGUCCAUCUCUAUCACCAGCCUCAGUUCUUUCUCCUUUCUACCACAAACCCACCAAAGUUACUUCAUUUCACAACCAAAAACUCACCAAAGGUUGAACCUUUUUAGGCCCAAGCCCAAGUUUUCACCACUCAAGCUCACAAAUUCACCCACUGUGGCUGUGAGAGCAGUACAUGGAAAUUCUGAGCACUCAGCUGUGCCUCCUGGAAAACCCAGAUGGGAAAACAUUUUAUCUACUGUGGCUAGCUUGUAUCCCUUCUAUGUCACCGUUGGAGGUGUUGUUGCUUGCUUAAAACCCUCUACUUUUGCAUGGUUUGUCAAGACUGGCCCUACUUCGUACACUUUGUCACUUGGCUUGAUAAUGUUGGCUAUGGGUCUAACUUUGGAGCUCAAGGACCUGCUCUCCCUCUUCAGGCAAAGGCCUCUUUCAAUAUUGUUUGGUUGUGUGGCUCAGUACACAAUCAUGCCAGCUUUUGCUGCCAUCAUUAGUAGAAUCCUGGGUCUCUCACCAUCUCUUUCAGUUGGUUUAAUACUGCUUGGUUGUUGUCCUGGAGGUACUGCAUCCAAUGUGGUUACCUUAAUUGCCCAAGGAGAUGUACCUUUAUCUAUUGUAAUGACAGUAUGCACCACUUUUGGGGCUGUAAUCUUAACACCUUUACUAACAAAGGUACUAGCAGGAACUUAUGUUCCUGUUGAUGCUGCAAAACUCUCACUCAGCACCCUGCAGGUGGUUGUUGCUCCAAUUCUGUUUGGUUCUUAUUUACAAAGCACAUUUCCAGGGGUGGUAAAAGCUGUGACGCCUUUCGCACCACUCUUCGCUGUUUUAGCAGCUUCUCUGCUUGCUUGCAGUGUUUUCUCAGAGAAUGUUAUUCGUCUCAAAUCGUCGUUCCUCAGUGCAUCAUUGACAUCUGAUAUGUCUCUAAUGGAUCGUCUCAAUGUGCUAUUGUCUGGAGAAUUGGGAGCUGUAAUACUCUCUGUGCUAUUACUACAUUUUCUUGGUUUCUUUGUUGGGUACAUAUCAGCAGCUCUAGGAGGAUUUAGAGAGCGCAAACGACGAGCAAUUUCGAUUGAGGUGGGGAUGCAAAAUUCUUCUUUAGGUGUGGUUUUGGCAACUUCCCAUUUCACCACAUCACCAAUGGUUGCAUUACCACCAGCAAUAUCUGCUGUGAUUAUGAAUAUCAUGGGCAGUAGUCUUGGUUUCUUUUGGAGAUAUUUAGAUCCUUCUGAUUCCAAGCCUACUCCUAAUCAAAGUUGAUUAAUUAGGUAAUAGUUAGAAACUAAUAUAAACGAGAUUUUCACCUAAACAAUAUCUCAAAUGAUCUGGCGUUUAGCUAAGAGUAUGGGUAUUUUUUUGGGGGAACUAACUCGUUGUGUUAUGAGUAAUGAUGCACCCAAAAUAUGUAUACAGUGAUGUAGCAUUUCUUUUUAAAACAGUGGCUAGGUUAAACUGCUACGUCAUUGUAAUUAUAAUGUUUAGGUGCAUAUUUUUGGUACACAUAUCAUUACUAUUGUUUUAUUGUUAGAUUUAUUGAAUGAUAUAAACUUUGAUAGUAGUUGUUGUAA